AAUUUUAAAUUAUCUUGUUCAAUGUUAAAGAGAACGAAAGGGUAACAAAAAAUUCCCACAGAAAUUUAAACUUCCGAUCGACCUAAACUUCACCCCUCACUCAGAAGAGGUUCUUCGUUUCUCUGUCAAAAGAUGGAUUGGGAAGGACAAAAGCUGGCAGAGCAACUGAUGCAGAUAAUGCUGCUUGCAUUUGCUGUGAUAGCAUUUUCAGCUGGAUAUUUCACAGCUUCAUUCCAAACAAUGAUUCUCACAUAUGCUGGUGGUGUGGUUCUCACCACAUUAGUUACUCUUCCGAAUUGGCCCUUCUUCAACCGCCAUCCUCUUAAGUGGUUGGACCCAAGUGAGGCGGAAAAGCAUCCGAAACCACAACCAUCUGUGAAUGUAACUACAAAGAAGAAAUCCAUUAAAAAGUAGGUUUAUUUUACAUUUUGCUUAUGUUGGUAUACUAGUACUUCUUUGAAGUUUGUAGUUGAUGCUAUGACAGAAAUUUGUAUUUCCUUCCCUUCCCCCUCAUUGCUGUUAAAAUACAAUGUACUUUACUUAGAGUUCAACAAUAUUUUGUUUUCUUUUGGACAUUGCUCAUCUCGGUGCACAUUUACCUUGAUGCCUGUUUUUUUGUCUCUUGUUUUCUGUCUGAUAUUGACAUUUUAUAUUGAAGUUGCGUUUGAGUGUCCGACAUUGUGUCUACAAGUCUUCCUACCUCAUUGCUGUUAAAAUACAAUGUACUUUACUUAGAGUUCAACAAUAUUUUGUUUUCUUUUGGACAUUGCUCAUCUCGGUGCACAUUUACCUUGAUGCCUGUUUUUUUGUCUCUUGUUUUCUGUCUGAUAUUGACAUUUUAUAUUGAAGUUGCGUUUGAGUGUCCGACAUUGUGUCUACAAGUCUUCCUACCUCAUUGCUGUUAAAAUACAAUGUACUUUACUUAGAGUUCAACAAUAUUUUGUUUUCUUUUGGA